CUAAGUUACAUUUCCAUCGGCCAAAACAUACAAGCGUUUCUCGUCUGUCGAAGGUACUCAUCGGUAAUCAAACAAACAGACCUACUCCUUCUCCCUUCUUUGAGUUUCUUUGAAAGUCGAAGAUCUAUUCCCCUUCUCUUAACUUACAACCACGAUGAGGAGCCUAAUUUCAAGAGCUAGACUCCUCGCCGCCACCUUAUCGGCCGGGGGAUCAGCAUCGACGUGGGCUCACCAGCCGGUGCGCAGGUACAGCCUUAUCCCUAUGGUGAUAGAGCACUCGUCGCGAGGCGAGCGCGCCUACGAUAUCUUCUCCCGCCUCCUCAAGGAGCGAAUCGUGUGCAUCAAUGGCCCCAUCUCCGACGACACCUCCCACGUCGUCGUCGCCCAGCUCCUCUUCCUCGAGUCCGAGAACCCCUCCAAACCUAUCCACAUGUACCUCAACUCCCCCGGCGGCGCCGUCACCGCAGGUCUUGCCAUUUAUGAUACUAUGCAGUACAUCCGGUCUCCAAUCAAUACAAUUUGUUUGGGCCAAGCUGCAUCGAUGGCAUCUCUUCUUUUAUCAGCAGGGACCAAGGGUGAAAGAAGAUCUCUCCCGAAUGCAACAGUUAUGAUUCAUCAGCCUUCGGGAGGAUACAGUGGGCAGGCGAAGGAUAUGACAAUUCACACAAAGCAGAUUGUUCGGGUUUGGGAUUCGCUAAAUGCACUGUAUUCAAAGCACACGGGGCAGUCGAUAGAGAUAAUUCAGAAGAAUAUGGAUAGAGAUUACUUUAUGACACCAGAUGAGGCCAAGGAGUUUGGGAUUAUUGAUGAGGUUAUUGAUGAAAGACCAGUGGCUUUGGUGACUGAUGCUGUUGGAAAUGAAGGAAAGGACAAAGGUUCAAGUAAGGAUUAGAGAGUAACAAGAAAUAUGUUGUUUUGAGAUUUCUUGUUAACCUUCAUUAUAAUAACGUGGUAGUUCUCGACUUGAUUUUUUGUCUUGUUUAUGAAGAUUGUUAGGUUUGACAGUGCAAA